AUCGGGCUACUUAUAUUUGACCUACACAUAUUCUUCCCGUGGGAUUACACUCUUCCUUUUCUCUCUCUCUUUCUCUCUCUCUCGAGUCGGUCAUGGGACUUCGGAUCUAGUAUUAAGUUAGGGGAAUUUGGUUUUUGAAGAGAUUUAAGGCUUCAUAUGAUGGAGUGGGUGUUGAUGGAUUCUCUGAAUCGUAGGUUUUGAAUAUACCAAGAUUGAAAUUUGAGGGCAUUUGUUGAAGUGUGUUGGUUGUAAUUUGAAGUGGGCAUUAUUGAGAACUUCAAAAUCGUUAUGGAUAGCAAUAAAGAUGAGGCCUUGAGAUGUAUCAAUAUUGCCAAAGAGGCCAUUUCAGCUGGCAAUAAACAAAGAGCCCUUAAAUUUCUUGGAAUUGCCCGCCGCCUUAACCAGAAUUUGCCAGUGGAUGAUCUUUUGGCUGCAUGUGAAAAUCUUGAUUCUUCAUCUUCUGCUGGUCCAUCUGAUGAUGUGAAGAAUGUCAGUAAGGUGAAAAAUGAGGAAGGUUCCCCAUGUGAUAAUGGGGUUUCAAAUGGGGAGAGGAGUUACACGGAGGAGCAUGUGCACUUGGUGAGGCAGAUCAAGACUAAGAAAGAUUAUUAUGCGAUUCUUGGUGUGGAGAAAAGUUGCUCAGUUGAGGAGAUUAGAAAGGCCUAUAGGAAGUUGUCACUGAAAGUUCAUCCUGACAAGAACAAGGCACCGGGUGCUGAGGAGGCAUUUAAGAAAGUCAGCAAAGCAUUCAAGUGCUUGAGUGACGAUGACUCUAGGAGGCAGUAUGAUCAAACGGGUUUGGUUGAUGAGUUUGAGUACAAUCAACAGUAUCAGGUUAGGAGAAGGCGGAGGAGAACUGGGAAUGACUUCUUUGAUGAUGAUUUUGAUCCUGAUGAGAUCUUCAGAGCAUUCUUUGGCAACCGUGACAUGUUCAGGAAUGCUCAUGUUUACAGGACGAGAACACAUAAUGCUGGCGCUCACCAGAGGGAAGAUUUAGGUGGUGGGGGCCCGAAUUUGAUGCUGCUUCUUCAGUUGCUGCCAUUUUUGAUAAUUAUUCUGCUUGCUUAUAUUCCAUUUUCAGAGCCUGAGUACUCGUUGCAGAAGAACUAUUCCUAUCCAUUCAAGAAAACAACAGAGAAACAUGGAGUAGAGUUUUUUGUUAAGUCCCGUGAAUUUGAUGAGAAUUAUCCAAUUGGAAGCCCUAGUCGAAAUGACAUAGAAAAUAAUGUGAUCAAGGAUUAUAAACAUAUGCUUGGACGUUAUUGUCACAUGGAAAUGCAGAGGCGGCACUGGAAUAGGAACUUUCCAACUCCCCAUUGUGACAGGCUUGGAACUUUUGCUGCAUGAAGAUGCUAAGAGUGGAUGACUGGCUUUGAGAUGGUAAAUGCCCACAUUAUCUGUCAUAUAUGUCCACCACGGAAAUCAUUCAUGUAGAGGAGAAGAAUUAGACGAAGCUCCUGCCUCCUUAUUCCGACUUGACUUUCCAACCAUUAUCUUCUUGCAACUGGAGCAGGAACUUAGGCAGGUCUUUUGCAGCCACAAAACCAUUCGACAGUUAUCAUUUGAUUUCUGUAUAUUGUAUUGCAGUUGCUGGCAAUGACAUACACACCGAAACUUAGCAAUUUAGGGUAGAAAUCAUAAUUAUAUGAUGUCUGAUAGAGAUUUCAGCCUAUAAUAAUGUGAGCUUUUCGAAACUUUUCAUAUGUUGCUGCUGCAAGAUUGUUAAACGUGAAUGACAUUGGGUGUCUGAACCCAGAGAUUUUGUUCUUGGAUGGUUCUUCUUCAAGGACAUCAUUUUAUUCAAGAUGACUUUUAAAUCUCCCCAUUUGUUGUACCGCUUACAUCAUUUUGGUGUUAUGUGAUUGGAAGAUUGGGCAUCGGUUCGUGUUA